UGUGCAGCGGCCAAACGCCUCGCGUUCUUCCUGGACUCGUGGUCGUGGCAGGGAUUUCAUCCACCUCGCGCUUUCUGGAUUCAGAGUCGAGGUUUAGAUUCGGGCUCUUCUUUUUCCGGUGAAAAACAAAUCGCGUGAUCGACGCCGGCGGUGGGUGAGAGAGGGGAACGAUUUUCGUGCCCCGGCCAAGGGCGGCGUCGUCGGCGUCGAAUCGAUCAUGGGGCUUCCGGCGCUGCAGCGGAUCAUCUCCAUGCAGCGGGAGCGGCGCCGCCGGCAAACGCGAGUCCGUGGUGGAUUGAUUUCUUCAGUGCCUAAAAGAAAGUCACCAGCCCUCCAGCAAGAUGGUAAUUCUGAAGGUGGCAGAAGAAUGAAAUAUCUGCCGAGUCUUCCGGAGGACAUCUGGUGGCAUAUACAUUCACUAAUGCCAAUGCAAGAUGCUGCUCGAGCUGCCUGCGUUUCUCGUACCUUUAUGCAUUCCUGGAGACGCCAUACCAGCCUCACCUUCAGUAAAAAAACACUAGGCAUUGAUGAAGAUGUGUGUGAAAAGGAUGGUAAAGCAAGAGAUCUCACCUACAAAGUUGACAGAAUUUGGAUAGAACACCCAGGCAUUGGUGUGAAGGAAGUCAGAAUUGAGUUCUAUGAUAACAAGACCAGGGUCUGUUUUCUUGAUCGCUGGCUUCAGAUUGCCGUCACACCUGGGAUUGAAGAACUCAUUGUUAUUCCUUCUGUGGGCCAUAAAAGGUACAACUUCCCAUGGUCACUUUUAUCUGAAGGAAGUGGAAACUCGAUUCGGUGUCUGUUCCUUUCCAGGUGUGUGUUCUGUCCAACAGUCGGACUUGGCUUGAGAAGUUUGACUCAAAUUACGCUGUGUUAUGUCCAUAUUACAGGAAAUGAGCUAGCCUGCCUUCUGGACAAUUCUUUUGCUUUGCAGCAGUUGGGACUCAGCCAUUGCAGCAAGAUAAUUAGACUGAAGAUACCUUCCCUGCUGCAGCGGCUCAUCACCCUUGAAGUGUCUGCAUGUAAGAGGCUGCAGACAAUAGAGAUUGAAGCUCAAUGUUUGUCCAAAUUUUGGUUUAGUGGUGAGCGGCUAGUACAACUCUCGUUUGGAGAAGCAUUGCAAUUGAAGACCCUAGACAUGCACUGUCAUGGUGCUGUCUGUGAGGCUCGUGCCAAUCUUCCGUCCACCUUGCCAAAUCUUGAAACACUUUCUGUAUUUUCAUAUUUUGAGACGGUCAAUACACCGAUGGUCGGUAGCAAAUUUCCAUUCCUCAAGCACUUGACUGUUAAACUUGCUGCGGCCCCAGCCUAUGAUUAUUGUUCUCUGAUAUCAUUUUUUGAUGCUUCUCCUUCAUUGGAGACGUUCUUCUUGAAUGGGUUCCAGGGGAGCAUGCAACAUCCAUCCAUUUUGGCAGAUCCUUCAGGUCGGAGGCAGAUGCCGAAGCACCGCCAUGACAAGCUCAAGAAUGUGACUAUUGCUGGUUUCUCCUCUGCAAAGAGCUUGGUUGAGCUAACCUGUCAUAUUCUUGAGAGUUCAGAGUCACUUGAGUGUCUUACAUUGGACACCACGGAAGGAUAUGAUUACCUUAGGUGUUCUGUCAACAGAUCUGGCAAAUGCUUCCGCAUGCGCAGGGAUGCCAUCUUGGAAGCUCGUCGCGGGCUCUUGGCUAUCAAGACAUACAUCGAGGGAAUUGUUCCACCGAAAGUGAAGUUCACUGUUGUGGAGCCUUGCAGCCAGUGCCAUGUUGUUGAGCUUUAGAUGCCAGGUUAUCUGACGAUAUAGUAACACAGUGUCCUACUUAUAUGUUAAUUUCUACUACGUUAAAAUGCUUUAGGUGAAGGUAAAACCUAUACACUCCCACUUUUUGAAGGGCUUGAUGAGGGUCAAGGAUUCCUUUCUCGAAUAUGGGUGUUUUCAAACAUGAAGUGAGACAAAAGUGCGGUUUCGGGAGAACAACUGGUUAGAUGUGAUCUGAUAUGAGCGUGAUUACUCUGUUUAGUUUGAUAUCGUCUGUUGUAAACAUGUUAUGGUUGUGACUGUUCUAGGAUUGCUUUCCUUGAAUACCUUCUCAUAGCUUGUCACAUUUUUUAUUUUUUACUGCAUAUUUUUGCAUUUUUUUUGUUAUACAGUGGC